AUGCUUAGGAUAGCCAGACGGUGUGCAAGCCGAUUUGUUGAUACCUGCCCACCUCCAGCUUACGAUACGGGGUGUACACAUUGUGGGAUACCCGAAUUCCCUGCUGAUAAACCCAUCAACUACGAGGCCAACCUCAAUGGCACAGGCUCUGAUCCAUGGAAGCAUCUUUUAGUGUUUCUGCAUGGCUUCAACGACUUCAACAAGAUGCCUGCCAAGGUGGAGCUCACGGUGGGGUCGGUGGCGAGCGAGAUGACCCAGCACAAGCGUUUGCUCAGCCCGAACCACCCUGUCAGUGUCACCAACGCUCUUGUUCCGGGCAUCAACGAGAAGCCCAAGGGCAAAGAAAAGGUUUAUUUAUACCCAGACAACAAGGUUAUUGAGUUUGACCUCAAGCACGCCGAGCAGUUUGUCGAGCACUAUUUAUUACCCGAGCAGAAGGACGUGGUGGAGGUGUACAACCCGUUUGCAGCGCAAACUGAAAAAGCCAAAGGACGGCAGGACCAUCUGGAAUUGUUCAGCGAGCGGCCUAUAGAAGAAGACUUGGUUCUUAUAUGUGGACACACGCAGAGAGAUAUACGGUGUGGGCUUCUAGCACCGCUUCUAAAACAAGAGUUUGAAAGGGUCUUAGAGCGAGAGGAGCUUCACCAGGUGAAAACCGGGCUCAUUUCGCAUGUUGGUGGCCAUGCCUACGCUGGAAACGUGCUUUAUUUUCCCAGAGACAGCAGCAAGCCUGUGGUGUUCUACGGCAGGGUAUUCCCAGAGCUAGUGCAAGGCGUGGUGAACACCACCAUCAAAGGAGGGCAGAUCAUUAAGGAGCUCUACCGAGGCGACGUGAAACCAAAAGAGAUUGCAUAG